UUUCUAAGUGUUGUUCUUCGCACUUUCUCACUCUAAAACCCUUAAUCGCAAAUUUAGGAUUUUGGUCAUAAACUCAUUUGUAUUUGAUUUUACAAUGUUGCGAUACAAUUUUUUAGGCCAAGAUCGUGAACAAGGACGCUCAAAAAAUAGCUGGUACAGAUGAUGAAGAAAUUUACGCCGCAGAUUCAGAUGGAGAUAGCCCCAUGAAAAGGCCAUUUAUUGCUGAAACACCUAGAGGCCCAAAUAAGAUAACUGUUGUCAAGCAGACACCAGGUACCGUGCUUAGGCGAAUUCAUGGUGCUCCAUUGAAUGAUACUGGAAAUUCCACCAAGAUAUUAAACCAAAGCUCUGAAUUGAAUGCGUCAUCUGACAUGAGUCUAAGACUCGACAUGACUCCAGCAUCUAUUUCAAAUUCACCAGCUGUCACUUCAAGGUCUGUCGACGGAUCUUCCACAGCCUCCCAGCAAAAAUGUGCAUUGACUUCUGAUUCUGUUGAUAGUUCAAAAGGUCUAAACGAUGUAGAUAUGGGUCUGAAAGCUGUUGAACCUGACUUGUCGGAUCCGAAGAACUUUGAAUCUGAUUUAACGGGUCAUUCUGCUCUUGGGUCAGAUUCAACAUGUCAGAAAGCAAUGAGAACAAGUGAUGAGUACAGUUUCCCUAAGCAAAAAUUGGAGAAAGAAAAUGGCAAUAUAGAUGUAAGCAUAGAUCGACAAGGUAAGCUAAAUGAUUUAAGUAUCCUUGGAGCUAAAUUAGUAGUCCAAGAGUCAGAUGGCGAUGCAACUGACAACUCAGAAGAGGCUGAAUACCAAUUAGAGAUCGGGAAGACUGGAUUUUUCACCCCGAAUCUUCUUGAAAAUGUAAUGAAUACAAAAACUAGGGUUGAAAACAAGACUGGGGUUGAUAAGACCGAACGAAAUGACAGUGAGAAUUUUUCCCAAGAUUGUAUGUUGAUAGCAACACAGGCAUAUGGCGUCGAAGACAGCGAAGAGCCACAAAGGGCCAGUGAGAUUACUGUCCUAAAUGAUGUGCGAAUGGAGGAAGAAAGUGUGUCACCUUCUGAGUUGUGUAUCCAAGAGUCUGAUGAAGAAGAGGGCGAAGAAGAUGGAAUAAUGACUAGGUCUUUUCCUAAGGCUGUUGUUUCUGGUAAGGUUUCAUCUUCUCAAAUCAAAGAUACAGAGAUGAAUGACACGAAAGGUAAUCUUGUAUCUGACGAAGACUAUGAUACUUAUGAUUCUGAGCAAGAGGCUGAUACUGGUCCUCCGGCCAAGUCUGGACAAGUCGCAAUGACUCAACCUAUAUCAAAUUCUGAUCAGGAGGCGUCCACUGUCCCUUUACUACCCAAUGAUCAAGAGGCCAACACUGUUCCGUUACCUCUUUCCGAUCAGGAAGCCAGCACUGUUCCGCUGUCUUUUUAUAAGCAAGAGGCCAACAAUGUUCCUUUGCCUUGUUCUGAUCAAGAGGCUGACACUGUUCCUUUAUCUUGUUCUGAUCAAGACGCUAACGCCAUUCCACUGUCUCCUUCUGAUCAAGAGGCCAACACUGUUCCGUUACCUCUUUCUGAUCAGGAAGCCAGCACUGUUCCGCUGUCUCCUUAUAAGCAAGAGACCAACAAUGUUCCUUUGCCUUGUUCUGAUCAAGAGGCUGACACUGUUCCUUUAUCUUGUUCUGAUCAAGACGCUAACGCUAUUCCACUGUCUCCUUCUGAUCAAGAGGCCAACACUGUUCCUUUACCUCUUUCUGAUCAGGAAGCCAGCACUGUACCAUUGUCUCCUUAUAAGAAAGAGGCCAACACUGUUCCUUUGCCUUCUUCUGAUCAAGAGGCCUGUACUGUGCCACUGCCUCUCUUUGAUCAAGAGGCCAACACUGUUCCUUUGCCUUCUUCUGAUCAAGAAGCUAACACUGUUCCGUUGCCUUGUUCUGAUCAAGAGGCUGACACUGUUCCCCAGUAUGAUUCUGAUGAAGAUGCAAUCAUAUCUCCAUCGUCAUCUAAGAAAAGCUCAGAAACUUUGCGAAGUCUUGUUAAUGAGCAAGAGAGCACUGCCUCUCUCAGUAAUUCGGAAAAAGAGACGACAACUGCUGCAGAAUUAACACAGCAAAAGGACGAUUUUGGGACUCAAAAGAGGGUAGCGAAAAAAGGACCAAAAGAUACACUUAAGGAUGAUAAUGACGAUGAUGAAGUUUUGGAACGAAGAGAUAAUGUUGGGGGAAGGGAAACCGAGAGUCUGGGUACAGAUCAACCCUUGUUUGGUGCAGAGGACUCAGGAAAUCCGGCAUAUGAUGACCUUUCCGAUAAUUUCGAUGUUCUUUCAACGAAAAAACAAUCUUUCAAAACCAGUGUCCGUAAAACUUCAAUCAAAUGCUUGACGUUGCCUGGGGGAGCUGCAUCUUUGAAAUCACUGCCCGUGAAAUCAAGCAGGAAAUUGGAGCAAAGUUCAAAAGGAAAUUAUUCAGGUUUUCUUAUUUAUAUUUCCUACUCUUAGGUAUGUUCAUUUGACCAGUUACAGAACUCAAACUUUCGUUGUUGUUAGGUGCCAUUGAGUUGUAGCCGAAUAUUUCUGACUUCAUGGAUCGGUUGUCUCCUGUAAUAUCUUUCUGUACCAGGCUGUACCAGAGACACAAAUAUCAUAGAAUUCCAUACAGAAAAUAAAACAACAAUUUUAGUACUACAUUUCU